AUGGAAAACGCGUUGCACCCUAUCGCGGGAGAAGGGUUUCAUCGCCGAUACGUACUGGAUGUAAAGGUCCUUGACUCGAAAAUCUGCAGUGGAAAUGCUGACAACAAAUCGAUCCUUGCGCGUGUGCCCAUCUCAAACACUGCGUAUAUCGACUUGGACGAGAUUCGGAGAAUGGAGCGCUUCAGUGAGCUGAAACUGCUGUCCUUCACGAAGCACAUUGAAAUCGAGCGACCGUCUCCUGUUUCUUCACAGCAUGUCGUUGGUCUCGAGUUUACAAUGUUCGUGCCAUCCACCAAUCAAGUGCACGUUGAAUUCCCGAUUCACUUUCGAUACCAAGCCCCGUCACAAAGCGAAUUAUACCGCCAAGCACUUGUGAUCGCUCCGGAUAUUUUCUUAUAUUGCGGAGAUGGAGAUCCAGCAAAAUCUCCUCUUCCAGUAUUAGAUGUACUCACACCAGUCGGCUACCUUCCUUCAGCUUGGCUUGUGAGUUCCACGACAAUGCUUUUCGCAAUUCUGGGUGCAGCAACACUCGUGUGGAUGUCUGUUGGGGUGACGAAAAGAACGCAACGUGCUAGCUGGGAAGGGAAAAGUGAUUAA